GUUACUUCAGUAAGUUCUUUUUUUUUGUUUUCUUUAUUGUUGUAGUAAGCAUUUUGUAUUUGCUUUGCUCACAUUGGUUCCGCUAACUUUUCAUGAUCUGUCAAGGUGACAUGGUCCAAUAUAAGGCCGGAAAACCUUUGCACCUCUUCUGAUGAUGGUGCAAUGCGUUGUUUUACCCUUUCGCCUGAACAAUUUCCAGUGUGGGAUACUUAUUACCGACUUGCUGACUAUGACUAUGAUGAUACGUUACCGAUAGUACGCCAACAAUCGAGGGAUGCAAGCACGAUAUGGUCUUUCAACAAAAUUCAUCAUCAAAAUAUAGAUAACGGACCUUCAUUCACACAUUGGUUGAGUCGACUCUCGAGUACCACAGAGGGUCAAACGGAGAUGAAUAAAAGCAAAAAGAGCACCAUGCUUCUUACAGGUGCGUUGGGUUUAGGAGAAUGGGGUAUUCCAGAACCAGGCACUGUUUAUAAAGGCGAGAAUCUCGCCAAUGCUAGAGGUUCUGUUAUGCAAGUGAAAGCUUCAAAAUGUAGACCUUGUACAUACUAUUCCAUCACGGAUGGGGGUCAGUUAUCAUCACAUACAGUUAGGUUUGACAUUUCAAGUCACCUACGAAGCCGACAUAGAUUUGAUCCUGAAGAUAAAACAGAUCUUUCAGCUGAGAUUGAGGAUGAUAUUUACUGUCGAAGGAUAUCUAAAGCGCAAGAAAAAUUACAUCUAUUAAAGAUCGCGCCUAUUCAUGACGAACAAGAGGCACGCCAGCGAAGAGAAGAAGUGGACUUUUUGGAAGAGUGUUUGAUCUUACGUGACCCCAUCACCGAUUGGGCUCCGAAUUCCAUGCCUGAUAAAUCAAAAAAAAGGAUCUCUCGCCGAUUUUGGAGCGAGGACGAUUUAUGGGAAUCUGCUAUCAAUACCUUCAAGUUUGAUUUGAAGUAUUGGAGCUAUCGUAUUCCACCAGGGUGUAACACCGCUUUUGCGAUUCCCGUAAGUGGAUAUAGGAUUGAACCCAUCAGGUCUAAAGAACCCGACAUGUUCCUAACCGUAAUUGAGUUUGCCUUCAUUUUUGCAACAAAACUAUUUCCAUCAGUUAGAUUUAAACGAACCUAUUAUUGCACCGCAUUUAGUUGAGGAAGAAAAACUGGUGAAAGAACUUCCGCCGCUUGUGGGUCGGCGCGAAAGUGUCGAAUCGUUUUAUGCUUAUACUUCACCAAAAUACAACCAUGAC